AUGCAUAUCGACGAGAAGUUGCAGUCGUGUAAGAGUGUGUCGUCCGUACCGCGAGGGCGUGAGGUGUCGCACUUGCAUUCGCGUUGCUCGGCAACCGCCUUAUCUCCCGCCCGCGAUAAGGCCGGCACGCGCCGACAGCGCCUUUGCGGCCGCCCGCGCGCGCGCGCGCGCACUUGCCGAGCGGCCAGGCAGACGACCGCGCCUCGCCUCGCCACGGGACGGCGGACGGCGCGACGACGCGUGACAGCUGAGCGGCCACUUUGCGCGCGCCCGUGCUUGUACCGGUAG